UUAUGCAGUUAUGAGAGGACAGUAACCUCCAAACACUUUCCAAUAAUCAGUGUAUCUCAAAGGCAAACCCAAUGAGUGAUUUGCAGAAAAAAGACAAGACAGUGUGGACAGGGAGUCUAAAAUAUAUUGUUGGCUUGUGUUUGUGUAGGAUGUGUGUUGUGUAGCAGUGGUUAGACUAGGAGCUGAGACAUGGAGCCCAACUGCAGCGUCCACUGUGACUCCUCCAGGUGCUCCAUCCCCUCAGGCCUGAACAGUGCUGAGGCCCUCCUGCUCCUGCAGAGGAUGUGCAGCCUGAGCACGAUGGCUGUGGAGCUUCCCAGACGAACACUGUCCCCAGUUUUGAGUGCUGUGGUUUGGACCAUGUUGUCUUGUGGCAUCCUGUUGACGUGUGCGUUCUUCUUCUUCACAAUGCGCUUUAAAAACAAUAGGAUAGUGAAGAUGUCCAGCCCCAAUCUGAACGUCCUAACGCUAUUUGGGAGUGUCCUCACAUACGCCAGUGGAUUCUUGUUUGCAGCUGAUGGACAGUCUAAUGGAGUCAUCAUUCAGUUUCGAAUAUGGACUUUGUGUCUGGGCAGUACUUUGGUGUUUGGGCCCAUACUGGGGAAGACAUGGAGGUUGUAUAGAGUUUUCACACAGAGGGUUCCAGACAAGAGAGUGAUAAUCAGGGAUAUUCAGCUGAUGGGAAUGGUGGUUUUGCUAAUCCUGGUUGACAUACUGAUUCUCAUGGUUUGGAACAUCACAGAUCCAAUAAAAUGUUCCAGUUCUCUGGGUGCAGUUGUUAAGAUUGUGGAGAAAGAAGUUUCCUACUCUUUGUCUCGGGUGGACUCCUGUUCCUCUGCACUCUCACAUCUGUGGGUCAUCAUUAUAGCUGUUCAAAAGGGUUGUCUUCUCCUUUAUGGAACUUAUUUGGCCGGUCUCACGAGUAACGUCAGCCAUCCUCCAGUGAACCAGUCGCCCACCAUCAUAACAGCUGUAACUCUGGUCACCCUGGCCUCCACAGUGGUCAUCCCCGUGUACUUCUUUCUGCACAGCUGGCCUAACCUGGUUUACAGCGCAGUCGCAGGAGCCAUCUUCAUCUGUACUCUGGCAACUAACUGCAUGUUGUUUGUCCCUCAGCUAACCCAGUGGAGGCAGUUUGAGGAAGACCAGAACAACCCAAAUCAGAUGGCAAAGUAUUUUAGCAGUCCCAGCAAGAGUCAGGCUUCAGUGUACAGCCAAGAGGAGAUCUACUACCUGCUGGGAGAGAAUGACUCCAUGAAGAAGCUGCUUAAUGAGAAAAAUGCAGUGAUUGACAGUCUCCAGGAGCAGGUAAAAAACGCCAAGGAGAAACUUCUACGCCUCAUGUCCGCCAGCCAGAUUCUUGCCCCCAGCCUGGAUCAUGACAUGUCCUCAUCUACAACCAACAUCCACUCCUCCUCCACCCAGACCACAGAGCUGCUACCUGAGGACCCAAGUCUUCUUCAGAGGAACAGUAACUCCAGAAGCUCACCUGGUGAUCUCUCCCCUGUCCUCACUUCUUCUGUUUUACCAUCUUCACCAGCCCUCACGUUACCAAAGCUCUCAUCUCCAGUCCCUGCCUCCUCUCCUACUUCAAAUGAGCCUGCCGUUUCUAAAGACAUUUCUAUUGCUUCUCCAAAGGUUGUGGAAAAAGAACCCUCUGUGUCCUCUGGAUUACUCAGAACUGCGGAAGAGACUGCAAAAUUUGUCACAUCCCUGCAACAACGCAGACUAUUGAACCCGUCUCUUGUAGAAGCAUUGAGCAAACAAGCAAACUCUAAAAUUACUGGUUUUGUUAGCAGUGAGCAACUACAAGAGAUAUUACAGGAGCUGAGUGUGGAUACAGUUCUGGAAACUACACUUAGAUCUCCUGGACAACUCUCCAUAGGUCAGACCAAAUGUUCUGACACGCUCUCACCUCUUUCCGUUUGGAGUCAGCGUUCUGCUCCUGUACCCGUGGUCUUUCAGUACCCACGCGUUUCUCCGUAUUCGAUGAGGAAGCGUAGACCACCUUUCCACUCGCCCAGAAGAGCCCUGUCUCCUCACUGUUUCUACACCACUUCAGACAGCACCUGUGGGAAAAGCAGAGAUGCUUGCAAACUAAAAGAUCAAGAAGUAUUGUGUGAGCCUCAAGGAGAGGUACAAGAUGUGCAGAAUAGUGAGGUAGAAGAAGAAGCAGAGGAACAUGGCACUGUGAGAACAGGUCACAGGUCACGUAGGUGUCCGGUGAGAGCGUCUACGAAGAAUGUGUGCAUUGAGGGAGCUGAAGAGGCAGGGGAGGAGAAGAGUAAAAUGCUUUGUAAAAGACACAUUCGAGAUUCGUCUGGAUACUGGGACUCUGACUCUAGCAGCUCUACAGAUUACUGCUACUACCACCGGCCUUACUGUGAAUCCUGCCUGCAGCGUGGCUCCCUCACCACCUCGGACAGCUCUUCUGAUUCAGACAGCGAGUACGAGGACUACACGGGCCUGUACCGCUCACCACACCCUGUAGUUUUUAAAGAAGACCUCAAGCCUACUUUUGUAUGAUCACAUUUAUUGCACUUUAUUAUGACAGUGUUCAGUUGCAACCAUUUCUGCUCCUGUUACCCAAAUCUGGGAAUAAAUCAGGAAAAUGUAGCUGUGUUUGAAGAGAUGUGAAAUAGCUCCAUAAAAGUGUUGUCUUUGCACAUUAUAGGAAUUCUGUUUUUAUCUGUUGUUCUUUCAUAUCAAGAAAUACAUUGAUAUAUUUUUCAAAAAGAGCAAAGUUUAAGAGACGCUAAAUUUGACUGAUACACUCACUGCAUUUCACAAAACUACAAAUACUGUGAAAGCUAUGACACUAGUAUUUAUUUGAAUAUUUAUUUUUAAAUAUAUUUGUUUGCAGAUGUACUGUUAGCAUUCAUGCCAUUAUAUUUUAGAUGUUUACAUCUUUACAGAGAUUUAAACUUGACAUAAAUUCCUUUCUUAAGUUUUGAGUUAAUCCUUGUUUUUCCCAUUCCAUUAAAUCAACACUCCUUUUCAUCUCAAAAAAUGUAAUGCUCUUAAAACCCUCCUGAUUUGUUCUGACUUUUUAAUAUCCUCAUAAUAAUGUUUUAUGUUCAUUGACUGUUUGUGUUACACUCUGAUCUGUUUUGCUUUUGGGGUUGAAUCCAAUCUGGAAGUCAUUCAUCUGAACUUUUUUCAGAACAGUUUUUCUUGUGUUGGUCAAAAUUGUAAUAAAGUCCGUUACAUGUUUAACUCAAGAUCAUAA